AAAUUCAUUUUAGUAAUACAAUAUCUAGUACCAGCAAUCUGACAUGCAAUUCCAUUAUUACGGAAGUGAAAAGAGGAAUCAUAGGAAGCAACGCAUCGAUGCAUAUAAAUGCCAAACAUUUUCACAAUUGGCAGAUAAAAUGACACCUGUAACAAACCCAUAGUACUAACGUUCAGAUCACUUGCAACACCUGGCGGUUACACUAGUAUUACUAUAAAAUAAUUGAAUCAAGAAAAAAAUGUACUUGAUUUUAAUAUUAGCUAGCUUUGUCUCUAUGACUCACCAAAAUGUGGUAACAACAGCGCAAGGUUUGAUACGUGGCGUGUCUAAAGAAGGGUAUAUUUCAUACAUCGGCAUACCAUACGCUUCUGCUAAUGGAACUGGUAGGUUUAAGAGAGCUGGUCUAGCACCAUCUUGGACUGGAAUCAGAGAAGCUAAUGAUCCACAUUGCACUGCCGCUUCUCCAGUCGACAAUUGUUUACAACUGGACGUAAACGUACCAACAAACCCAAACGACCAACCUUGGUCUGUCCUUGUGUGGGUUAAAGGAGGUAGUGGUUUUUACCAUCCAGGGCAAUUAGUUCGAAGAGGGAUCAUAAUGGUCACCGUUCGACAUAGAGUGGGACCGCUUGGAUUUUUAUGUACGCACGAAGAACAAAUACCAGGUAAUGCUGGUGUUAAAGACGUCGUACUUGCACUUCGUUGGGUUAGAGAUAACAUUGUAGCGUUUAAAGGCAACUCGGACAAUGUAGUCCUUGCGGGAGAGAGUUUCGGAGCAGCGAUUGUAGAGACUAUAAUGCUAUCACCAAUGUCUCAAGGUCUUUUCCAUGGGGUUAUAAUGCAAAGCGGAACUGUUUUAAGUCCAUGGGCAUUCAAUUAUAACCCAAAAUCUAGAAUAAAGACAUUAAUGAUGGCCUACAAGAAUAAAGAUUUUCCAAACAUUUUGUUAGAAACAAAUGUAGAAGACUUAGUUACAAAAUCAAAAGAUUUAGAUAUGCCGUAUUUUCCAUUUGGAAUUUGUGUAGAAAGAUCAUUCAAGAAAGAAGAAAGGCUAUUAGCAGAACCACCUUAUGAUCUUUUAUCUGAUGGAAAGGUAAUCGGUGUUCCACUAAUAAUUGGGUACAAUAACAAUGAGGCAUACAUAUUUGCAAAAAUGCUAAAACUUGCACAAGUUGUGAAAAGAAUCUCCACAGAUAUGAUGUUCCUACUACCCAUGGAACUUGAUGAUUUGGGUUCAAGAGAAUUAAAUCAGACUAGAGACAAAAUAAAAGGAAUAUAUUUUAAGAAUGGGAACUUUAAUCUUACUUCUGUUAUUCAGUAUCAUAGCGACGCAUAUUUCAUCAAUCACAUACACAGAAGCGCUAAACUGCAUUCGUCUUCAACAACCUAUCCCGUCUACUACUAUCAAUUUUCUCACUCUGGAGAUACUGGAGUUGAACCAGAAAAUGGUAUGGAUAAAGUGGGAGCAGCGCAUUCUGACGAAUUGGCUUUCUUAUUCUCUGAGAAUGGAAAGACUCUUAGUGGAGAUGACGGGAAGGUGCAAGACAAAUUAGUUACUCUAUGGGCAAACUUCGUGAAGUAUUUAUGUUUAAAUAAUGUCUACACUAUUUCCCCCAUCUACGGUGUGGUACACGGUACCAGUACCUUCGGGCAAGAUGCAAGGUGGAAUGUUUUAUGGUUUGAACUGCCCAAGUUAAAAAAGUCCGAGUUUUAUCUUAUAUCAAGUAUUUGGAUUUUUAGGAAUCCUACUCCAGACAUCAGCAAUCUUGCGCGAUGGGAAGCGUUGGAUCAUCGCGUGCCUCGUCUUCUAAAUAUUGGAAUGGAAAUGGAAAUGAUGGAUUACCCACGCACUACAGCGAUGGAUAUGUGGGAUGAAGUUUACGAGAAAUAUUACACAAGAAAUAGAGCUGUAUAGGAAGAUAUUCAGAAUGAUAUUUAAAUCGUUAUAUUAAUAAAAAUAUCUCCUAUAUUCAUUUAUUUCAUUAGCAAACUUCCUAUCUCGA